AUGAUGGUGCUCUUUGGGUCUCUGGCAAUGUUAGAUGAUUUCUGUCCCAGGCUUUCUUUCACCGUCAUUCCCACAUCUGCUAAUUCACCCGAAGAUGGCGAAGGUCCCGCUGUCUCCAGCAAAAAGCUUAACCAUCAAUCUCGCCCAUCUAGUUUGAUCUUAGCACGGGAUGGCAUCUUGACGGGGAGUCGAUCAAUUGGCUCAGAAGCUAUCAACCGGGGUAAUGAGCGCGUGAACGUCCAGUCACCUGUUCUUUUGGAGAAUGAACCUGUGGAACUUUAUACAUCUUCCAACGGUCAGAACUUUCAGCCUCCCAUGAUUGAGACUUCUUUUGGUCAUGAUGGGGAUAAUCUGAAUGUUGUUCAGCUGUCUUCUGCGACAGAUGAGGCCGUCGAUCGAAAGCAUAACUGUCCACGAUUUCUGGUCCUUCCCGAUAGAUCGAUGAGUCCUCUCCGGAUGCAUGAUGAAUCUACUUCAGUCAGUCAAGUUAUGAUUUCUUCAAAUAGUAACAAAGCAGCACGGGAUGAAAAGGGUGGUAAAGGUACUAUAAGUGAAAAUCAAGCACUGUCACUGAUGUCUGUUGAGCGGGGAAUUUCUACGCUUGAGGAAUCGACUACAGAAUUUCAGAAUGGUGACCGAGAUCUUCAAACUACCACUACGAUGAGUUUUAGCUAUUCUUAUAUAAGCCGGACCAGGCGAAGAAGAAAAGUCAUAAGACGCACCACAGAACUGUUUCAUAUGGGAAGCAACGGGGACCUGGAACGUCAUUUUGAUAAUGGCGUAAACUCCAUCGAUAAAGAUGAGUAUCAGACCGAGCCGGAUUUGAGGACGAUGCAAGGCGGGUUUGAACAACUCCCGGUCGACAAAAGAGUCCAUCGGUCAGUGUCGGUGCUUCCCAAUCCUCAGUUGCGCUCCGCCCUCGGUUCCGAGGUGACUGGCCUCCCAGGACAGCGCCAGCAAUGCCAUUUGCCUCGCAAAGCCUCCCUCGUGGCUCGCGAAUCCAUCAACCUCUCCCUGCAGGCUCUCUAUACACCCACGAAGUUCGGCUCCGAUAGAGCAUUUUACUUCAGUCUUGAUGCCGAGAACACCUCACAGGUAUGGCAUGAGGACCGAUUUCUUGAAGCGAGGGAUAAGGCAGUGGAUAUUUAA